CAGUGCCCCCGCUCCGCUUCCUGCGCUCCCGUUCGCAGUGCCCCCGCUCCGCUUCCUGCGCUCCCGUUCGCAGUGCCCGCUCCCCCUUCCUGCGCUCCCGUUCGUAGUGCCCCCGCUCCGCUUCCUGCGCUCCCGUUCGCAGUGCCCGCUCCCGCUUCCCGCGCUCCCGCUUCCCGCGCUCCCGCCGCCCGGCCAUGCCGUUCUCGGCGCAGCCGCCCGCCAGCGGCGAGCGCUACGCGCUGUCCGCCAGCCUGGACAAUGCCCGGCACCUGUCCAGCCUCCUGCGGGCCGUGCACUUCCAGGACCACGCCACCUGCCUCGCCACGGCCAGCGGGCUGCGCGUCACCGUGGAGGAUGCCAAGUGUAUCCAGGCCAACGCCUUCAUCCAGGCAGAAAUUUUUCAGGAAUUUUCCGUUCAGGAGGAGUCUGUGAUGUUCCGGAUCAGUUUGUCUGUUCUUCUGGACUGCCUCACCAUUUUUGGAACCAGCUCCUUGCCAGGAACAUCAACGGCCCUUAGAUUGUGUUACCGUGGCUAUGGGGAUCCCCUGAUGCUGUUCUUGGAAGAAGGAGGAGUAGUAACAGUGUGCAAAAUCAACACUCAAGAACCUGAGGAGUUGUUAGAUUUUGAUUUCUGCAGUACAAAUGUUGUUAAUAAAAUUAUCCUGCAGUCGGAGGGACUGCGAGAAGCAUUUGCUGAACUGGAUAUGACCAGUGAAGUUCUGCAGAUUACCAUGUCUCCUGAUAAACCCUACUUCAGGUUAUCCACUUUUGGAAAUGCUGGAAGUGCACAUCUAGACUACCCUAGGGACUCUGAUUUGAUGGAAGCAUUCCACUGUAACCAGACCCAGACAAACAGGUACAAGAUUUCUUUGCUUAAACCAUCCACAAAGGCAUUGGCUUUGUCUUGUAAAGUGUCCAUUCGAACAGAUGCUCAAGGAUUUCUUUCACUGCAGUAUAUGAUUAGGAAUGAAGAUGGACAGAUCUGUUUUGUGGAGUACUAUUGUUGCCCUGAUGAGAACAUCACUGAAGCAGAACUGUAGGUGUGUAGGUGUGCUGGCAUCUGUAAUAUAUUUUUGGUUAUAUAAAAUAUUGUAUUUUUUUACAAAACUAAAUGAAAGCUGUAAAGUUUGAUGGAGUUAAUAUUGUCUUUAUUUUUUAACUCUGGACUAAGAAAGCUGAAAAUUUUCAUUUUCUUCCACUGCAAACAUUUCUUAACAUUGACUCAAACUGAAACUGAAAAAGCAGAAAGGGGAGUUGAUGUCCUAUAGUCCCUGCUUCCAACAGAGAUUUUAAAGUACUGUUUGUGUAAUACAUUGAUGCUUUCUGCAGUGUUCUCCAAGAAUUUUUGUUUGUGUUAUGUUUUUUUGUCUUUGGCUUCUAGUAAGCAAUUACACAGGGGAAAAUCUGAAUACUAGUUGUAUAUUAGCCAGAUAACUUUCAGUGACUUAAAACCACAUUUGUCUUGAAAGAGAACAACAUUUUCAAACUCUUAAUAGUAGCAGGUGGUUUCUUGCUGGCAAAUGCUGCUAUGUUUUGUCAGUGAAGCCACUAGGCUUCUCCUCAUCUUGAUUAAUUCUUAAUAUAACUCAACUCCUUGGAAUUCCAUCUGACAGCAAUUUACCAUUUUGUCUGCACACUGAUGUUGAAUUGGUAAAUUGAUGUAGAAGCCAGAAUUUACUUACUGAUUACUCUUAACUGUUCUGGCAAUGUCAUUGCUUUGGGUCAGGAGUUUGUUACACAUCUGCAGGAAUGCUGCAGCUGAUCUGUUUCUGUGUAUUCACGUCUCUGUUCCUACUCUGCUGCUCUCUGCUAGUGGUGUUAAGAAUCCUAAGAGAGAAAAGUUCCCUCUUGAAAAUUUUUUAUGAAAUUGGUUUGCCUUCUCAGUGGCCUUUUUCAGCAACGGGAGUCGCUGCUAAACUGCAGCAGGGGAAUAUCUGCCUGUGUCCAUGGAGUGGUAUUCAAAUCACUGCUAAAAAGGUGGCUGAUCUAUGCUCACUGAAAAGAGAGUGUAGUUCCUGGGCAGUUUUCUGCAGUGUCCCACCUCCAGAGCAGCAGAUGGGUUGUUUUAGGUCAAAAGUCCACUUGUCCUUGCACACCAACCAACCUGCUCAGAAUGGGAAGUACCUGGGAGCAGCCAGGCACUGGACAGGAUGCAGAGACUGAGCCCUGCCUGCCUCUCUGCUGUGGGAUGUGAUCAAAAAGUCAGGACUCUGCUGGUGGUUUCUGCAGCUUUAGACUCUGGUCAAGUUUUGUUGUCUGUCAGAUGAGGUCUUGCUUUGUUUUCUAUGGAAAACAGUGUGUUCAUAUGUUACCAAAUUGAUUGCUCCACAGUUCAACAGAAUCCUUUGGGUUCAAGUUUAAAAUGUUUUUGUGGAUAAUUUUUCACCUCUUGCUUAUGCCAGAAAGAGUAUACUUUUGGAGUACACAGUGUUAUCUGUUCAUUUUUGUUGUUUUUUGUGCAAAUCAUCCAUUUAUUGCAAUAAAGCUUACAAUAAAGUUAA